AGCAUCUGCUUAUAGGCUCAACUGCACACAUAUUUCAGACGGUGAUAUUUGCUUGACAAACCUGUCCGAGAGAAAAUCAGGGCGGUGGCAUCGUUUGAUUUUCGUGUCUUGUCACACGAUUUAAUACCGUGCGCUUCGAUCCCUUCUAAUUGCGCCUGUUUUGACAUCCUGACAGCUGUGUGUGCGUGUAAUUUCGGAGCCAAUCAAGCAGCCAUGGACGCGUUAAUGAAGGGUUUCUCUAAAGCCAAGGAUGGGGUCGUGGCAGCGGCGGAGAAAACCAAGCAGGGAGUGACUGGAGCAGCUGAGAUGACGAAAGAUGGGGUUAUGUAUGUCGGUACCAAAACAAAGGAUGGAGUCACAACAGAACCUGCCUAUCUCCCCAUGGGCCAAGCGUUGCCAUUCCUCAUAUAUAACAAGCAGAGAAGCCAGGGGAGACUUCCU